AUGACAAGUUCAUAUCCUGGAGUUAAACUCUCCUCCAUUAAUGGGCACCUGAUUUGUGGACUGUGUGGUGGUUAUCUAAUAGAUGCGACUGUUCUUACAGAAUGUAUCCAUGUCUUCUGCAGAAGCUGCAUUCUCAAGUAUUUAUUGGAGCACAAAAUUUGUCCAUUAUGUCAAAGUUUGAUACAAGAAACUAGACCUGGCCAAGCCCUCCGUCCCGAUGUUGCUUUACAGCGGAUUGUAUAUAAAUUAGUCCCGGGUUUACUGAAGACUGAGAUGAAAAGAAUCUCGGAAUUCAAAGAAUUGUAUUUAAAAGAGUUGUCCUGCACAGACAAAAUGGUUUGCACCAAGGAAAUUCUUCCCAAAAACUGCAUUCCGAGUAGCACUGCUAGUUAUAGCAUUUCAGAUCUUUGUUCUUCACCCCUUCCAACUGCUCUUGCAACUCGAUCGCUUUCUAAAAGUCCAUGCGGACUUGUUUCUUCAACUCAUGCAACUCAAAUGCUUGUUUCCAACCGUUUGCCAAAUUCUGCCGCAUUUCUAGUAGCAGAUGAUGAAUUUGUAUCUGAAUCGGUAAUUUGCAAACGUCACGACAGUUUCAAAUUAGCUUCAAGAAGUGAAUCUAGUCGUUCCCAACCCCCUUCACCACUUUCUAAUGAACAGUAUUCUAACUCAAUAUAUCUUUUAUGUCCGGCUGUAGUAACUGUCGCUAACCUCCAUCAUCUAUUGUUAUCCAAAUACCAACUUGAUCCUACCAGGCAAAUUACAAUGUCAGAUGAAGCCAUUUCCUGUAUUCGGGAAUAUAUGCUUGAUUUCGAUAUUUGUAAAUGUUGUAUCAUCCGGUUAACUAAUGGUCGCUGUCAACAAACAGAUUUGCUCAAUGUCUUUCAUUCACAAACAUAUCCUGAUGAGUUUAUAUGUAAACUUUGUUUUGGCCUGUUGCAUAAUCCUUAUUUAUGUGAUAUUCCACGAAAUCUUAAUGAAUCACAAAAUGAAGUGAAAUUUACCAAUGAAGAAUUUGAUAAAUAUAUUUUGCUCUAUUUAUAUAAAGAGUUAAAUGGAUCCCAUUAUCAAUAUACAGCAUAUCAACUUCGGGUCACUGAACCGAUCAAUAUUAUGCUACGUGAACAAUUUUUAUGGGAUGAAUUAAUUUGUAUGUCGACUAAUCAUGUAAACAAUAAUUCGAAUAGUAGCACUAUUGAGAAAUUGAAUAAUCUACAGACGAAAUUCACUAAAGAUGAUAUCAAUACAUUAAGAUCAUAUGCUAUUCCAGUAAAAACUGCAUGGAAAUGGAUUGUAGAUGGAAAGUUAUCAUCUUUACUGAAAGUUCCAUUGAUUUACUCUUUACGUGAUGAUACAGAAUUAAAAUUAAUUAAAACCAAUGAAUUCAAUAUAAACAAUUUAAAUUGUGAUCAAGAAUCCAAUAUUAUUUGUUUAACUAUAGAAUUUUCAAAUUAUUUCAUACAAUUAGAUUAUGAUGAAUUUUUAAAUUAUUUAAAAUAUUCUUCAUUAAAUUCUAUACGUUCAUGGAUUAUACGUUUAAAAAGUAUUAAAUUACCACGUAAACGUUUAAAAUUUAAUUCUGGAAAAGAAUUAACAACAAAAACAUUUUCUUCUCAAACAUUAAAUUCAAUGAAUAACAAUCCUUCAUGUGUAAUUAAUAUUGGUUAUAAUUUGCCAAAUUUAUUACAUUUCUCUCGAGGACUAUUAACAGAACUUAUUCCUUUAUUAAAAGAUAUUUGUUUACAAUCAAAUUAUUUAAAGAAAAUUUCUUCAAGCAAUUGUUCACUUGCAUUCAUAACAUCUUUGAAAAUAUUUCGAAGUAUACCACUUUAUUUGGCUGGUCGUUAUGUGAAAUUAAGUCGACGUUUGCCUCAAUCCCCAUGGAUAAUUGGAUCAAAGCGUAAAUUAGAUUCAUCUGUUGAAGAACUUAUCACUCAAUUAAUAUUACCUCGAUUUGGUGCAAAUUCUCAAAGUUGUUUUAUUACAGCUGGUAGAGAAGAUGUUGAUGUUAGAUGUCUUGGAUUGGGUCGGCCAUUCGCAAUUGAAAUUAGCAACUACGAAUUAUUACCGUCACAAAUUAUUCAACAAUGGUCUGUUAACGAUAAACUUGCCGUAGAAUUUAAUGAAAAUGAACCAUUGGAUUUAUUGAAACUUGCAUCGUUUGUCAAUUCGACAACUCAGGGUCGAGUGUUUAUACGUGAUUUACAGUUAGUCUCGUCAAAAUCUGCUACAGCCGCAUUAAAAUUAGGUGAAAUGCACAAGGCCAAAUGUUAUCGAGCUGUUUGUUGGUGUCCUCAUGGUGGAAUUAAAACUGAAUUACUUAUGAAAAUGUUACAGUAUACCACUUUGUUAAAUCGAACGAAUGAAAAUCUUGAUCAUGUUAACAUUCAUUGGCCUCCUAAUAAAACUGAUUCUAUGAAAUAUGGGAAAAUUUAUUUUGGUCCACUGGAUAUUCAUCAACUUACACCUAUACGUGUAUUGCAUAGAAGACCAUUGUUGAAUCGUAAAAGAACCAUUUAUCAUUUAUGCUUCAUGUCUUAUGUGGAAACAGUAGGAGCUAAUAUUUUCGAGUUCGAUGAUUUUAAAUCAUGGUCAAAACUAUAUCCAGAAGAUGAACUGUUCAUAUUAGAAAUUCGUUGUGAAGCUGGCACCUAUGUGAAAGAACUUGUUCAUGGAGAUCUUGGCCGAUGUAAUCCUAGCUUAGCAAGUAUAUUUGGUUGUCAAUUAGAUAUAUUAGCGUUGGAUGUAAUUGGUGUUGAACUUGACUGGCCUAAACGUCUAAAAGAUCCUAUACUCAAUUAAUUUGUAAAGUGAAAAUAUUUUUAUUGUAAAAAAUUUAUUUUUAACAGAAACGUAAUUUCUUUAUCAAAGCAUUGCUUAUUCCAUAAUAGUUGAUGUGCAA